UAUUUGUUUCACCGAUAGCUCUCACGGCGGUGAAGGUGGUGACACUCGCAUGCUUAUAUUUCUUGCUCCAGAAGACUAAUACACUAAGCCGAGACGAUUUACAGUGAUUCAGUCUCCUCGAAACAGAGAUUACCUCAUCUAGCAGUAACAAAACCGAAUACAACACAUUUAUCUAGAAAUAGAUUUUCAACGUUCUCUUUCAGCAAUGAGAGACGGUUCUCAAGAACGUGAGUGCUCUGCUAAAUGCAUGAAAGUAGGUAUGGAGAAAAGGGUUCUUUCAUUAACACUUGGCAUCGUACUAAAGUUUCAUCGCUUUGUCGUCUCUACGGAUCUAUCGACUUAAAGGCGAUAGAUCAGAUGGGUUACCGUUUUUAACAUAAAAGUAUAGAGGAAUAAUGAAUCUUUAUUGAUGCUAUGAUUAUAUUGAGAGGAUUGAUAAAUCAACAAAUCGAACUUGAAGCUGAAGGUUUAUCACAUAAAAGUGUUCGUCGAGAAAAGUAUAGAUGAUAUAAAUUUCUUUUAAAGGAAUGUUAGUGUGAACGCAUUAAAUUCACAGUUUUGGUGAGAAACGUUCUCUGCGUGACACCUAAGCAUUUUACUAAAUAAAAGCUUCACGUCAUCAAGUCACAUUCCUUGCCAAUAAACUUUUAAGGCCAACAUUUAGGAGAAUCAUGAGGAACAAAUCUACCGAGCAAUUCUCUGGUUUACCUUAUAUUUACGCUCUCUUAAACUGCUUGAUCUGCCUUUGGUAUGGCUCACCUUACGUAUCCCAAAGAAACUUCAUGCUUGUGACUGUUAAUGGCGUUGGAGCCACUUUCCAGCUUUGUUACAUUAUCCUCUUCAUCUUGCAUACAGACAAGAAAACCAAGAUGAGGAUGCUUGUUUUGCUUCUUGUGGUGUUUGCUGUGGUUGCGUUGAUCGUAGUUGGAAGUUUGCAGAUACCUGAGAAGGUCACACGAUGGUACCUUGUCGGGUUCAUGAGCUGCGGUUCUCUUGUCUCGAUGUUUGCCUCUCCCUUGUUUGUUAUUAACUUAGUGAUUCAGACAAAGAGUGUUGAGUUCAUGCCGUUUUAUCUCUCUCUAUCGACUUUCUUGAUGAGCGCUUCCUUCUUCAUGUUCGGAAUAUUCAACAGUGACGCCUUUGUUUAUACACCAAAUGGAAUAGGAACGGUUCUUGGUAUUGUGCAGCUAUCUUUGUAUUGCUACUUCCACAGAAACUCUGUAGAGGAGGAAACAAAAGAGCCCUUGAUUGUUUCUUAUGUGUGAGUUUUGGCAAAGAAGCUAGUUUUGAUGGCUCAAUUGCUGAAAAUGAUGUGAGACCACAUGAAAGAUUCACUGAUGUGGGUUUUGUUUUGUGUGUGAUGAAGCUCUCUGGUGGGUUGAUUUUGAAGAACAUUUGUUCAUAUAUUGUUUGUUUUAAAAGAUUAUUCUAUUUGUUUGUCAAUAAGAUUUUUUUUCUUUGUUAUAGAACAUUUGCAUCAAAUUGUAGCAAUUGGUUCAUAAGA